AGUCUAUCGCUCCUCUACUCUGACACCAGUCCUACCCAGGAGUCCUUUCCACGGGACAUCCGUCCAUCAGGGAUACUUAUCAAUCGUGGACCAGGAGUAGAAGGAGCAGAGUGCCAAGCUUUAGUGAGCCAUCCUUGGUGUCAGAUCUAGAGGUUGAUAGGUACAGAAAGAGGUCUGGAGGGUUAGGUAAGGGUACACCUGUUGUCUUAGCAUCUGUUGGCACCGACCCAGACUUCAGAGCCUUAUGGCAGGCCUGGAUACAUAAAAUACAUAAUGGAAUUCCAGUUCACCUGGGAACAGAAAAGACCCUGGACAAUCCACGUAGUUCCCCCUACAUAACUCAAGAGGAGUGGGAGUUGGACGGGAGGAUUUUAUGUUUUUAUGAUAAACAUCCAUUCACAACUCAUAUCAGGGAAACGUAGUUUAACCGUUUGACUCUUAAGCAGAAGGAAUCCUCUGGCUCACCACACCAGUGAAAGAUGGGGGAGUCUAGGCCUAAUGGAACGCUUUUUAUGUCUGUUCUGGAACUCUCAUUGUGAACUAUGGAACACUCUGGUUCACCUCUGACCCCUGACCUCAAUGAUACGACAGCCAAUGAGAGCCUGUGGUGGGGGCUGGGGGCGCCCCUCCCUUCAGCCCCUAGCAGACAGCUGGGCACCUUGCCUAACUCCCAGACACGCUUCAAGGACCUGACAGGGAUAUUCUUCAUGGUGACCCUGAACGUGGUGGCGCUGCUGGCUAACACAGCCGUGCUGGUGGUGGUGGUCAAAGCCCCGUACCUCAGGAAGUUUGCCUUUGUGUGCCACCUGUGUGCGGUGGACCUGCUAUGUGCCGUGCUGCUCAUGCCCCUGGGAAUUGUGUCCAGCUCGCCGUACUUCGCCAGCGUGGUGUUCACAGUGCUGGAGUGCCAGGUGUACGUCUUCCUCAACGUGUUCCUCAUCGCAGCCUCCAUCUUCACCAUCACGGCCAUCAGCGUGGAGCGUUACUACUACAUUGUCCACCCCAUGCGCUACGAGGUAAAGAUGACCCUGAAGCUGGCCACAGCCGUCAUGGUCCUGGUCUGGGUAGCCUCAGCCCUCCUGGGGCUGGCCACUGUGUUCAGCUGGCCCAGCUACGGCAGCCUGAGCUCCAUCAGCGCUGCCCACUGCUCUCUCCACUGGAGCCACAGCGGCCACCGCCGGGCCUUCUCUGUCCUCUUCACAGUGGCCUGUUUCUGCCUGCCCGCUGCAGUCAUCUUUGCUGUGUACUGUAACGUCUAUAAAGUGGCCCGCGUGGCGGCUAGACAGCAUGGACCGUUACCGUCCUGGACGGCCAGCCAUCUGAAACACCGCUCAGAUUCCAUCAGCAGCCAGACCACUAUCAUCACCACCCGCAACGCCCCCAGGAGGCUCCACCAAAAAAGGCCCUUUGGUGGGGGCAAGGCCGCCUUCACCCUUGUGGUCAUUGUGGGCCAGUUCCUGCUCUGCUGGUUGCCUUACUUCGCCUUCCACCUGCACCUGACUAUCAACAACCCGCCCAAGGUCCCACCUGACCUAGAGGAGGCCGUCACCUGGCUAGCGUACUCCUCCUUUACCAUCAACCCAUUCUUUUAUGGGCUGCUGAACCGCCAGAUCAGGGAGGAGCUGUGUAAGCUGCGGCGCUGCUACUCCACCCGGCUGGCCCUGUCCAGCGGCCACGAGGGCUCGGCCCACGAGAACUUCCUGCAGUUCCUCCAGAGAACCAGCUGUACGGUGGAGACCAGAGCCAGCUUCACCUGCACAUCCAGGAACACCCUGGACCAGACAGCGCAGCAGACCACUGACUUCAGGAUACCUGGACAGAUACCGGAGGAGUUCAAUUAAAACGCCCCUGAUAUACUAACCUGGACCCCAGUGAUAUACUGUUACUGUAUGGACACAAGCACCUGACUGCUUAAACACCUUUAAAACCUUUAAACUGUUAAAACACCUUUAUAUCGGGCCACUGGAAACUUAUUGACUUCGGUAAUGGCUACGCUAACCACAGGAAUACUAGAAGCAGGAACAGCCUGGACAAGACUGGGCAGACACCUGAGGAUUUCAGUUAAUCAACAAUAUUCUUAGAUACGUAUGCCACUGGCACCUACUGUAGUUGACUGCUGUAAUGGCAGUGCAAACUUCCCCAGGAUCACUGACCUAGAGCAGCAAAAUUAGCCUGGGCGUAAAUUCCCAGAGCCGUCGUAGCGUUAAGAUCAUCGCUAAGAACCUUCUUGCGAUGUAUCAUUAGCAGCGAAGGUUUUUCCCAGAGCCUUCAUUAGGAAAACUUUGCACAUCUACGAGGGAUCCAGACCACUUGUAGAGGAGCCAAAGUGCAUCGUUGGAUGCUUUUUGCCCUUCCACGUCACUUUAUUCAUAGAAGAUCAAGAUGUUUAGGCUGUCUGUCUGACUGUGACUGACAAUAACUUCAGAACGAAGUUGACUACAGAUACAAAGUUACCAAAGUAUUAGCACAUUUUACAAUCAAGCGAAGGAUAAAAUGGUGCUUCAAAUGAAAACCGAGAUGACUGCAUUAAAAGAUCCAUAGCCUAUAACCUAUUUCAAUCACAUUGAAAUUCAUGUUCAAUCCCACUGGGCACAGAUGGUUCAACAUCAUUUAUUUUAAAUUACGGAAACAACAUUGAUUCAAUCAGUGUGUGCCCAGUGGGAUCAAUUUAGUUAUAUUUUGCCUCAAUGUGUUUCAUGAUGUGUGACAACAUUUGUACAAUGAUGUGCCCAAUCUGUGAUUCAGUGCAUUAUUAUUGGGUAAGCAUAAUAAGCUGCCUCAAUAGCUUAUUUACAGCCAUGGGUGGUAAUAUCUCUCUAGUAGCUGAUCUGUUUUCAGUAUUGUGGAAUAGUUCUCAUGUUAAGAUAUGAUUUAAAUGGAGAAAGCUGAUUCCGAGAGCAGCGCUGCUUUUCAUUGGAUCCUAUCACUAUCGACACGUGGUCUAACGACGCCCUUGGCGAACAUUGGUUCGUAAAUAACGAUACAUCUGAUAUGAUCGUCAUAAUGCUGUGUUACAGUACAUCGCAACUGGGAAACGAGGCCCCGGUCCCAGAUCUGUUUGUGCUGUCUUGACACUCCUAUUGUUAUGCCUGACAAUGACCGUUGUUUCCACGUCAUUUCAACCAAAAUAUUAAAUGUGAUGACAUUGAAUCAACAUGGAAAACUGAUUGGUCCAAUGAAUGACAGGGUGGCAUUUUUGGUUAAUUUCACAUUGAAUUCACAUUAGUUGACAACUUAACUAAAAUGUAAGUCAAAUCUAGAUGUUGUACUGACAUCUGUGCCCUGUGGGAGACCACAUCAAUGUCAGUCCAGUGGAGCAACCGUACGGCCCCCUACACACUGCCCUUAAAACACACAGAGACAGGCCUCCUGAGUGGUGCAGAGGUCGAAGGCACUGCAUCGCAGUGCUAGCUGUGCAACUAGAGAACCUGGUUCGACUCUAGGCUCUGUCGCAGCUGGCCGUGACCAGAAGAUGCAAAGCAUGCUGACACGGUUGCCAGGUGUAUGGUGUUUCUUCAGACACAUUGGUGUGGCUGGCUUCCGCGUUAAGCAGGCGUUCUGUCAUGAAGCAGUGUGGCUUGGCUGGGUUGUGUUUCGGAGGACGCACGGCUCUCGACCUUCCGUACGGGAGUUGCAGCGACUGGACUGUAACUACCGAUUGGAUAACAUGAAAAAUGGGUCAAAGAGACACACAGAGACAGCACUUGAAGGGACUACAAGUAGUGUGUUUCUUUUGAUGUUUCCAUUUCAUUCAUUUGAUUGAGUUUAUUGUGUUGUUGCAUUCCGAGAUUAGUCCAGCAUAUACCUUAAGUGCAUUAAGUCCUGAAAGAUACAGUUGUCUCAAUUAUGAUUUGUUCUUUCUUGCUACAACUACCACAAAUUGUGGGACUAAUUCUACUAUAUUACUACUAGUAUAUUCUACUACCACUACUACUACAAGUACAAUGUUUGAGUUGAGAGACAAUACAAAUGAAUACUUGAAUAAUGUUAUCUACACUGUACUAUACAUCCACUGUCUGAACAACUUUGAUGAUUUAUUAUUUAUUCCAUGUUCAAUAUGGUGAACAUUCAACACUCUCUAAGUGUAACAGGUGAGUUAUUUCUAUUACACAAUAUGAAAUGUGAUAAUUUAACUAUUUGGUUCUCAGUUGAGGUUUAAUUGCAAUAUCCUUAACUAUGUACAGUUUGUUUCUUACAAAACAAUGUGUUAUUAUACACUAAGUGUACAAAACAUUAGAAACACCCUCCAAAUAUUGAGUUGCGCCCAUUUUUGCCCUCUGAACAGCCUCAAUUCUUCGGGGCAUGGACUCAACAAGGUGACAAAGACGCCAAUGCAUCCCACAGUUGGGUCAAGUUGGCUGGAAGUCCUUUGGGUGGUGGACCAUAGUUGAUACACACAGGAAACUGUUGAGUAUGAAAAACCCAACAGCGUUGCAGUUCUAGACACACUCAAGCCGGUGUGCCUGGCUUAUACCCCUUUCAAAGGCACUUCAGUCUUUUGUCCUAUUCACCCUCUGAGUGGCACACAUACACACUCCAUGUCCCAAUUGUCUCAAGGCUUAAAAAUACUUCUUUAACCUGUCUCCUCCCAUUUAUCUAUACUGACUAAAGUGGAUUGAAUAAGUGACAUCAACAAGGGAUCUUAGCUUUCACCCACAUUCACCUGGUCAGUCUGUCAUGGAAGGUGUUCCUAAUAUUUUGUACACUCAGUGUAUGUUAUCAUAAGUUGCAUUGCAUUCAAUAGGCUACCUUUUACAUGUGAUGGCAGAGACCGUCCUAUCAAAGGGGAUUUCUUUCUACAUGGACUAGUUGUUUUUGCUUUAACUCUGCAAAUAAACUUCUGAAGGAGCUGUUAUGAUUA